GUGGGGAACACCUUUAUUAUUCAUGAUGAUCAAGCUUCGGAUGCCUUCCUGACUGUCGGAUCCAGGCACAUGUUUAACUAUUUAUAUCAAUCAGGGAUACCCCAAUCUUUCUAAUCUCUUCCCCGCUAUCCUUCAAUCCGGAUAGAUCCAGCCACCUCCACAUCUCUACGCCCAUCCACUAUGGACGCAUUCGAGUACAACUCCAACCCCGGUCGUGUCAUCUUCGGCAGUGGCACGCUCAAGAAACUCCCCGAUGAAGUCGCUCGUUUGAAUGUGAAAGCUCCUUUGGUGCUUUCAACUCCCCACCAGAUCAGCCAAGCCGAGAGCGUCAAGGCUGUUCUCCAUGGACAGGUAGCUGGCAUCUUCACCGAGGCCACCAUGCACACACCCACCCACAUCACCGACAAGGCGCUGGAAUACGCGAAAGCACAGGGCGCGGAUGCAGUCAUCUCCGUUGGCGGUGGUAGCACAAUUGGCCUCGGAAAGGCCAUCAGCAUCCGCACCGGGCUACCGCACAUCUGCAUCCCAACGACCUAUGCUGGGAGCGAGAUGACCCCUAUUCUGGGCGAAACUGCCGACGGACUGAAGAAGACUCGUUCCGAUCCUAAAAUCUUGCCUGGAACGGUGAUCUACGAUGUUGACCUGACCAUGACUCUGCCCGCGGCCAUGAGUGCCACGAGUGGUGUGAACGCCAUUGCUCAUGCCGUGGAGGCGCUCUACGCCCGUAACACUAACCCGGUAAUCAACCUUAUGGCUCUUGAGGGAACCCGUGCACUUGCCUCGGCCCUCCCUGAGAUCGUGGAGAGCCCCAGCUCUCAAUCGGCACGUUCGUCUGCGCUGUACGGCGCUUGGCUGUGCGGGACUUGCCUGGGCAGCGUUGGCAUGUCCAUCCAUCACAAGCUUUGUCACACGCUGGGCGGGAGCUUCAACCUGCCCCAUGCGGAAACCCACACCGCCGUGCUACCGCACGCUAUCUCCUAUAAUGCGCCCAAGAUCCCUGAGGCCAUGAAGAAGCUAGCCGAGGCACUUCCCGAGAGCAACGGCGACGCCAUCCACGGCUUGAAUGUCUUGUUGUCGAAGCUGAAGGUUAAGCGGGGUCUCAAGGACUUUGGAAUGAAGGAGGAGGACAUUGACAAAGCAGCAGACAUUGCAGUCAGCAACCCGUACUGGAACCCGCGGGAGAUGGAGCGGGAGCCGAUUCGUGAGCUGAUCCGGCGUGUGUGGGCUGGCGAGCCGGCCCGGGCAGAUUUGUAG